CGCUCCGGCCAACGGGCCGCCCUCCCCGGUUUCGGGGGAAGGGGGCGGAGGACAGCUAGGGUGGGGACGGGCCGAGCGCUGCGGUUCGGAGGCCGCGCUCCGGCGGAGAGGAGGGCAGGAGGCGCCCGCUGCCAGCGAGUAAUUUAGGUUGGACAAGGAAUCUCUCGAGGUCAUUUGGAUCAGCCACCUGCUUAGGACCUACACAGAUUCUGCUGGUAAUCCCAGUGGGUGUUUUCCUGGAUUUAAAAGAGCAGAUACCACCAUUGUCUAUAGCCAGAAACUUUUUGCUGUGUGUUACAAACGUGCAACAAUCCAAUUGAGUACCUGUCACUGAACAGCCUUCCCUUUUGAAUUAUUUGGGAGCAGCAUUUGAGAGUCUGCUUUAAGAAGAUAAAACAGAUACAAUGUCUGCUCCGACUAGCAGCCCUGUCCCAUCGGCACCACCUUCUUACGAGGAAACAACGGGAAUCAAUGUGAGCUAUCCUCACCCCUAUCCUGUCCCAGAACCUGGCCAGAAACCAGAUGGAAAAGGAAUGAACCCGCCCCCAUACAUGGGGCAGCCUGCACCAGUGAAUAACCCCAUUACAGUUCAGACAGUGUAUGUGCAGCAACCAGUAGUAUUUUAUGACCGCCCAGUUCAGAUGUGCUGCCCCUCCUGUAAUCAGAUGAUUGUGACACGUCUCUCAUAUGACUCAGGAGCUUUGACUUGGCUGUCAUGUGGUGGCCUCUGCCUGCUGGGGUGUAUAGGUGGCUGCUGCUUAAUCCCCUUCUGCAUUGAUGCCCUAAAGGAUGUGGAUCACACCUGUCCGAACUGCAACGCUCUUGUUGGUUCUUACAAACGUCUAUAGGCGAUGUUUAAACGUUGAUAAUUGAUUGAUGAAGUUGGUCAGCACCUCUGCAAGCCCUUUCUGAAGCUUCAUGGAGACUUCUGGUUGUUUCUGUGCAUCCUGUCACUGGAAAUCAAUCAAAAGUAAUGUUUAUUGCUAGAUUAUUUGAACAAGAAUUUGCUUGAGGGGGUUCUGACUUAGGUCUGUAAAAGGUAUAUGUAAUCUUUAUGGGCAGCUCAGUCCGGCACCAGUUGAUAGCAACCAAAUAUUUUCCUUCUCUGCUUUAUGCAAAACACAUGCAAAACAGGUUGGUGAUGUUCUUCAGUUAAUCUUGUUUCAGGCAUGUUGCAAGCUGGUGUACUUGCUUGUAGUCUCAGCACAGACCAAGAGGAGAGCAUCUAUGGAGACCUAUAUAUGUCUCGUGCUUGGUGUUGAUGCUUUGGCAACAGCACUGUUUACAAACUGGCGGGGAGUUGGUUGCCUCUGAGACAGGUUCCCCUCUUUGAUAAAAGAAGUGAUUUGUUGGCAUCUUUUCAUGAGCACUACAAUUCACUUUAAAACUUUUUUAGUUGAAAGAGAACCAAACCUAAAAGCUUCUUUGUUCUUGGAGGCUGCUUUACAAAGUGGAUGACUCAGGUUAUUGUGCAUCAAUGGUGAUUCAAUCUAGUGCCUGAAAUUUCCUUGCCAAUUUUAAGUCUAGUCAUAUCUCUGCUUUGCAGUGAAGAUGUUAAUACAGGAAUUUUUAACAGAUACUUGUUCAGUGGUUUUUGUUUGGUUGGGUUUUUUACUGCUGAUUGUAAGCCUGUGAAGUAUUCUCUUCUCUCCACCUCAGUGAAGAUGCCCAUACAGCCUUGGUUAUAGCAUUGGAAAACCUUCUUGUAAAUUUGCAUAAGUCAGUUGAUAGAUCAUAAACAAACCUCAGCCUGAACCUAAAGCUUGAAUUUCUACGUUCAAAACACAGAAGCAGGACCUGAGCUUUUAAUUGUUGAUCUGUUUGUUAAUUACAGUUUCUUCAUUAAGAAGGUAACGCGUUAAGGAGUUUCUCUGAUGAUUAUUUAGGCUUGUACUCUGUUUUUUCUAAAUGAAAGAGAGGUUCUGUUUUCAGAAACUUAAGCUGGAUAUGCUUAUUUAAGAAGAUGAUUGCAAAAUAUUGGGGAAUGAAGUGCUGAAGGCUGAAAUAUUUUACCAUGUCAUAAGCAGCAGGCUUGGUCCAAAUAACAUCUUGAUGCAUUUGAAUGAUGCCUGUCUAGAAAAGGCAGACAGGUGUUUAAACAAGGCUAUGAUGCUAACACCGUAUUAAACUCUGUAAAAGUAAAAAGCUGAAAUAAAUGCGAAGUACUGCA